AGAGUCCAUUUAGUUGUCAGGUCUUUAUAAGAGCCGCCCCUAUGCAGCUAUUUUAUCCUCUAUCUACUCUCUCCUCAUCUAGUUAAACGGAUAGCUGUGGCUGAAAUCUUGUUAAUCGUUAAAGAGAAGAACCCAUCCUACUGAGACGAUAUCGACUCCAUCUACUAUCCGUCUCAGGCUUCAGACCCUAAAGCAAGAAGAACUGUCAUGUCGGACUUGAUUGGGCCCCUUGGAUCUGUGAUCGGCUACCUAGGCGCUGCAGCUGCAACAGAAUCCUUCUUCGAACGCCUGCUCUGGCCUCAGCGGUUCUACAAUGAUGUCAACCCAUUGGUUCUACUCAGGCUUGCAUUCCUUUUACCCAUGUCAGGGCCACUGCACGGAGCGGCUCUUGAGUCUCUCGGUACUUUCCGCGAUAAUGGAUUGUACCUUGGUAUGAGGCGAGGGCGCAUGCUUGGAACCACAUUUUAUCAUGAUGUAAAGGUCAAAUACUAUCGUAUUACGGGACCACAUGAUGUGCAUGAAAGGAUUGCGAAAAAUUCAAGGAAUGGGUUUUGGGUGCAAGUUUUAAGAGAAGUGAAAUAUCAAGGCCACAAUGGGCGCUUGCCGGCACCUACUCCAGAAGACCCUGCGCCGAAUGGAAUUCUGCCAUAUCGAGCGAUGCAACUAGUUCAUCGCCUCAAGUUACAUUACGCAAAAGAUUUCAAUCAUGCCGGUCUCGAUGCAAUUGAGAUUAGCGAGACAACUAUCACCUGGAGGACGGUCGUUGGCACAGUUGUGAGCGAGUUUUCCUCUAUCGUCAUCGCCAUUACCACAGCAGUUGCGGAGCCUUUCAGAGCUUAUUGGCUAUCGGGUUACAUGCUAGUACCGCUAGCUUUGAAGAUUUGUGCUCUGGUUACGAGCGUUCGUCGAGAUUCAAUCCUCGACAUUGAAGAGAAGACCGAAAGUCAUCCAAGUUCUGAAGACGAGCUGUACGAGCUCGACAACCUCACACAUGGGUUUGCCUUAAUUCAAGGCUCACCGAGCAUAGUCUCUCAGUUUUGGAGGCAUUAUGGACAUCCAAAACGAGACAGUGGAGCAGCUGGUCGAAGGGACAGGGUGAGAGAGCUCCUUUCAAUUCGUUAAUCCAAGUCUCUCUAAAAAUGGACUUGAACCUUUCACUAUUGAUGUUGAGGUCACGAAGAAUACAGCAAUUUUUUGUCGGGCAGAAACCGAAACCUACACGGUCAUUGGACCACAUGAGUUUAGAGGCUAUGGGCACGAGUUUGAGAAAGCAUUCACCACUAUUCAGGUUCCCCAGAGCACCGGACAUCAUAGAGUCAUCUCCUACAAGUUCGGCGAUUUGAAAUUCGUCGUGCGCUAUGAAACUGACGGAUAUCUGGGCGAACAUUCAGGAGUUCAGACUCAAACUGUCGAGGAUUCGGAUCAUGGGAAUUUACUGAAGAUGAUGGAAACCCUGUCUCU